AUGGCGACGGUGAAGUCUUUGGAAGAUAUGCUGUCUUCCGAGGUGGACGAGUCUGCCGUGACUGCGCUUGUGGGCUCGUUGGAGUCACAGUUAGCCUCAUCAAACAUUCAGUUAUCUAGUCAAGAUGUAAAUACAACCUCAGUAACUGUCAAUCAUGUCAAUAACGCUGUUCUAGUCGAUGGUAAUGUCACACGAUUGCUGGACGGUCAAAAACAAGGGGUUAUUGCGGGGAGCCAGGCAGUCUCGCUCAUCAAUGUGAGUAAAUCCGCGGUCACCGCUUCUUCGCUGAGCGAUGCUAGUGCCCCUUGUUUACCUACAACAACGAGUUCGAGUGGAGUUAUUGCGACUUUGCCUGGUGCAUUACCUGCUAGUGGCUACAUAACGCAAGUGACAGGGCCCUCUCAACAAACAUUUUUCUCUCCGUGUGUUAGUGGAAAUAUUACUGUAAAUAGAUCGACGAACAAUCAAGACAUUAAAGCCGUGCAUACUUCCCCGUCAACCGUCUCCCAAGGGAGUACUACUUGCACAAUAAAUACCCGUAGCAAAACUGCAGCUGCAGCUGCUGCUUCAAUGCCAAAUGGAAGCCCUAGUAAUUCUUUAGGUCUGAUUGGUGUGAGACCUAAUCAAACUACCCCUAUGAGUGCAAUCUAUGACUUAGCGACAGUUGCGUCUCAGCAAAGCCCUAUAGUUACUUCCAAUUCCUGUAACAGCACCACAACCACAACUGUUCCAUCAACACAAGUCCAAGUUACAGUUGCAAAUGGGAAACAAUCACCAGCAACCAAGAUAUCCAUUGUGGAUACUAAAGUAACGGACAAAUUAGUAAAACCUACAGUUCCAACCUCUGUUGUCCAGACUGCACUUUUGGGCACCAAUGUUAUUCAAGUGAAUAAUGCUACUGCUAAAGGAACAACUGGUCAGCCUGUGUCUGUUGUUUCUCAGGUAGUAACAAAUCCAAGUCUUUUAACCCCUGGUGUACAGAUUGUUAAUGUUAAUCAACGCUUGGGUCUGCCAGGUCUGGCAGGGCAAAAGACUCUUGCCCCCAGAGUCAUGUUGGCAACCAAUCCAGUCAGGAUAGCUGCAGCACCUCAGAUACUCACUGCAAGAGCAGGUGUUGCUGGCCAGGGCACAAUCACUCUUAGUCCAGGGAUGGUGCGGGGUGCCGUGUUGCUGAAGGCUGAAAAUGGGCAACUACAAGUGGUGAAUAUUGCUGGACACCCGUCCUCAUCUCCCCUACAUUCUACGCAUUCUACGUAUCGUUUGCAAUCUCUAACAACUGGUGCUACCAGUGUUCGAGCUGUUGCUCCACAACAAAUUGUCACAGUACCUGUUAGUGCUGGAAGCCUGAAAACUAGCCAGGUGUCAGUUACAGCUCCCCAAACACUUGUAGGCACCCUUCUUCAGCAAGGCACAACUGGCUUAAGUGUUGUCAAUUCUCGUCUUUCUACCCCAAAUGCACAAAAAAGUGGUGGUGUGGUUAAGGUUACUUUUUCUUCCUUUUAGGCUGGCAUAAAUGGAAACCUAGCUGUGCCUCUUAGUGUUCAAACAACCACUGCCAACAGCCAACCCAGUACGCCCACUCAAAUGUCUCCAAAUACAGCCAAAAAGAAAUGUAAAAAUUUCUUGUCAACACUCAUACGACUAGCAGAUGAACAACCUGCUGCGGUGGCCAAAAGUGUACGCAAUCUUAUCCAAGGAAUCAUUGACGGCACCAUGCAAGCAGAAGAAUUCACAGCAAAACUUCAAAAAGAGCUCAAUUCAGCACCUCAGCCAUAUCUAGUUCCUUUUUUAAAGAAAAAUCUACCAUACCUUCGUCAUUCUUUGAUUACAAAGGAAUUGACCAUAGAGGGGGUGAGGCCCCCACCUCCAGAGGCUGUCUCACUUCCACAUCCUGCCUCAGCUAAUCUGCAGCAAAAUAUUCAGCCUCGAGUGCCUCAAGUAUCCGGUGCAAAGAGUCUGCUUGUGGGAGUAAAGAGUGUUGCAGCUGCCUCACCUGCAACUGUGACCGCACUUCAAGCAAAGGGGCCAUCCAUUACCUCCUCCUUGUCUACUGCUUCCUUAAAAGAGCAAGUCAAAAGAAAUUUCUCCUCACUCAGAGAGGAUGAUGACCUGAAUGAUGUUGCUGCUAUGGGUGGUGUCAAUUUGGUGGAGGAGAGCCAACGCAUUCUGGCCUCAAAUGCAGAAAUGGUAGGCACCCAAAUCCGUUCAUGCUCAGAUGAGAGCCUUCUUUUCUUCCCAGCAGCAUUACAAGCAAAAGUCCAGCAAUGUGCUGCAAAACAUGGCUUGGAAGAGGUAAAUCCUGAAGUGAUUAGACUCAUAUCACAUGCUUCUCAAGAACGCCUCAAAACACUCAUUGAGAAAUUGAGCCUCAUUGCGGAACAUCGUAUGGACAAUCCAAAGACAGACUCUCGGUAUGAAAUGAGCCAGGAUGUGCGUGGGCAAAUCAAGUUCCUUGAAGAGCUAGACCGGCUGGAGCGGAGAAGGCAUGAGGAACACGAGAGGGAGAUUCUACUCAGAGCAGCUAAGAGUCGAUCCAAACUUGAAGAUCCCGAACAACUUAAACUCAAGCAAAAAGCGAAGGAAAUGCAAAGAGCUGAGCAAGAGGAAUUGCGUCAAAGAGAAGCUAACACAACAGCAUUGUUAGCAAUUGGCCCACGGAAAAAAGCACCACGAUUAGAUUCUAACCUUAUGGCUGCAAAUCAGGCGGCUGGUAAUUCCCCUUCAGUUUCUGGGUCUGGUACACCUGGGGCUUCCAGAAUGCAGGCUCGUCCUCGUGUGAAACGUGUGAAUUUACGAGACCUGUUGUACCUCAUGGAGCAGGAGAGAGAGACGGUGAGGCGACCGCUGCUGUACAAGUCCUACCUCAAAUGA